AUGCCGCUGCACAUGCCGUACCACUCGACGAUGGAUAAGGAGAUCGUCAAGGCCGCUGCCAUCCUGGACUCGUGCUUCAGCUCCACGGUGUCCGCUGACAAAGCCAUUCCCGCCGAAAUGAUCCAGAACGCGGCUGGAUUGGCCUUCCUCACAGUCGUCAAGGCCGGAUUAAUCUGGACCGGUAAAAUGGGUACUGGCGUAGUCAUUGCCCGUCUCGAGGAUGGCUCGUGGUCGCCCCCGUCGGGCAUCGGCACGGCCGGUAUAGGCUUUGGCGCCGAGAUCGGCGGCGAAAUCGUCGAUUUCCUCAUCGUUCUAGGCUCUCCAAGCGCGGUCAAGACCUUUAAGAAGGGUACGCAGAUCUCCGUAGGUGCUGGAUUGGACCUGGCUGUGGGUCCUGUAGGCCGUGCGGCCGGCGCCAGUGUCAACGCCGGUGGAGGCGGCGUCAGCGGCAACUACACGUACAGUCACGCCAAGGGCGCGUUCGCGGGCGUGGGUCUGCACGGAUCAACAUUCAUGGUGCGUGGGGAGAUGAACAGUCAGUUCUACGGGCGCAAGGUCACCCCCUACGAGAUUCUGAGCGGCCAAGUGGCUCCGCCACCUGGAUCCUGCGACGUCCUGUUUGAUGCAAUUCGUCGGGCAUGCAACCAGCAGGGACUCGGUGUGGAGCCCAACCCGAACUCGUUCGGAUCUGGCCGUACUAGCAGCAGCAACAGCUACGGCCACAGCAACGGAACUCCCGAUGCAGCAGACCACGCGGCUGCAGCUCGUGCGUCGUUCGCAGGAACUCCCUCGUCGUCAUUCUCGAGCUCGAACCGAGAAUCACAGGUAGCGUCGUCGUCUGGAUCGUCUAGGUCUCUACCAGCGCCCUCGAUGGUGCAACCAGACCCGAAUGACCCACGGUUGCGACGAUACAGCUCGUACAAAUCGGAACGUGAGCUCUACGCGCAGUUCGAGCAGCGAAAGAGUGGAGUGGCUCCUCCCGCGCCCACUGAAUCCACACACUCGCACCCUACCAAUCCGUCGCUGAAGUACAAAUCGUACCCGGCCCCAGCGCCCAACACAUCGUACACAGCACCUCCAGAGGCACAAGCAAUGUAUAAUUCGUUUGUCGCGCCAUCGGCUCCUAAGGCCCCGCAACAGCCUGUGCCACCCCUUCCUCCUUCGGCCAAGGGCGCAGAGAUGAAGCAGGUGUAUUCAGAGGUGAUGAACUUCGUGCAGACCAAGUGCCCGUAUGCGAACCUGCAGGUCUUUAAGGAUAAUUGCCGGCUCUUCGGCCAGGACGCCAUGUCGCUGGACGCCUUCUUCAGCUAUCUGCUGUCGAUUUGCUCGCACCCGCAGAUGAAGGAGCUUGUACCUCAAUUGGUGCGUCUGCUGCCCACGCAGGAGAAGCGCGAGCGUCUUUGGACGUUGUAUGUGCGCGAAAUACUCCUGAUCAAAAUCUAA